UGCCACACAAGUCGGGAAGAGAGGAAACCCUCUUGUGUCUCCUACGACUCCGCCCGAUCUUGGCAAAGUGACCAGAAAUAUAUUUCGGCCACUCCUUGGAACUUGUCCUACAACUGCGACAUUUUCGGGUUCCAGCCAGGCCCCAAUGGGCGAUAUGUAUUCCAUAUUUAUUCAAGAAACCUUCACUACGACCCAUGGGCAACGAAUUGUGGAUUUAGGGAAAAUUGCUGUAAGGUAUGUAACCCUUAUGAAGAAGAUGAAAUGAAAAACUGCAAAGAUGCGAUAAACGAACGAACUCAGGGGAGUUGCUGGUGGCUGGAUCGAAAAUCUUCAAAACAGUGUCCGGUAACUGUCAAUUCAGAAGCGCUGGUGUCACCGAUGGAAUGGAGUUGGCCAUCUUCAGGUGGUAGAUGGAAGGUCGUCUACAAGUGGAACCAAGGUAAAGUGGACUGUGAUGUUGACUACACUCCUUCAAGAGCGCAGACGUUUAGACUGAUAUCAUGGCAAUUUGAUGAUAACAAGCUAAUGCUGUCCUACUCCGCAAAUCCGAUGAGAAUAUAUAGGGAGCAAGGUUGGAAGAUGAAAGUCUUAGGAGGAGAGACUUGGGGGUUCACACCAGCUCCAGAUGGAUCCUGGACCUUCUCCGUUUACUCCAGAAACGUCGUCAUCAGACCUUUCGAGCGAUCUAGUGGUAGUUUUAAUCUUCAAAGCAACUAAAAAGCAGAAAGGAAUCAUCGAAUUAAUUUUUUUUUCUUCUAUGGACCC